AUGCCUGAGCCGUACCAGAACUCCGAUCAAAACUCUUUCGCUUUCACUUCGGCCACCAAGCGAUGGCCUAUUAUCCUCACGCAAGCCAUCGACGCGGUUUUCCGCGCCAUCCCCGGUCCGAGCGAUGAGGUAAAAACCAAGGAGGGUCGCAAAAUCGUCGAGGAUCUUGCAAAACUCAAAUAUGAGCUCCAGCAUAAUCGCGUUCUGCCACCUCUUCGGGAUGAUGGAUUACCGGAUAUUGCUCACUAUAAUGAUGCUUUAGUCGCAUUGGGCGAACCGAAAUGGAUGGAUGCUUCCUGGCUCUUCUCUGAAUGUUAUCUUUAUAGAAGGAUAGCCACCUAUUUCACGACAACCACAAAGUGGAAUACCUUUGAUGUCUUUUUGUCCUCAAAGCUCACUACUCUUCGUUCUUCCCUUCCUGCGAUUCUGGAACUCGCACAUCGGUAUUCUUCUGUCACCUUGCCAUCGACAUUCACAGAUGAGGCAUCUUCGCUUCUCUUUCAUGAAAUAUUCCUAAUAUGCCUCUGGGGUAAUGCGACCGACUUGUCUCUUCUCACAACGCUCAGCUACGAUGAAAUCCAAUCCUUGCAAGGAUCACAUGCCAGGAAAGAAUCCGAGAAGAACAUCCUAGCGAAUGACCUCGAUGAAAUUUAUACCCUCCUCACCUCUCUCAAAGCGUCCGGCCAGCAAGAAAUAAGGGUUGAUAUUGUUUUGGAUAACUCCGGCUUCGAAUUAUUUGUGGAUUUGUAUCUAGCAGGGUAUCUACUUUCGCAAGGUCUGGCCACGAAUAUCGUCCUGCACCCUAAGAACCAUCCAUGGUUCGUCAGCGAUGUCUUGCCAUCGGAUUUCGCGAUCCUGUUAAAUGCUCUUCAGGACCCAGUCGACUUUUUCAUUACAAGGAACGAAAGCGAACAUGAGAUCAAGCAUGAUCUAAGAACGGAAGAUACAGAGACCAUUAAGGGUCUCUUUGCAAGCCUAGCGACUUUCCACGCCGAAGGGAAGCUUAGCAUCAGAACGAAUAAGUACUGGACAUUACAGGACCCAUUCUGGACCCUUCCCGAGCAGGGUGAGCUGUGGGAAGAUCUGAAGAGCUCCGAGUUAGUGAUUUACAAGGGCGAUUUAAAUUAUAGAAAACUUACCGGUGACGUGGCAUGGCCCCCAACCACUCCGUUCGACAAGGCGAUCCAGACUCUUGGAAAGGAAAGCGGUUGCAGAACCCUGACAUUGCGGACGUGCAAAGCUGAUGUCGUUGUCGGCUUAGACGAGGGAGUCGAUGAGAAGCUGAGACAAGAAGACAAAGAUAAUGCCAAUGAUCAAGCGAAGAGGUCAUGGGGGUGGGGCGGCAAAUAUGCCGUCAUACAGUUCUGCGACGGGAAGGCAUAA